CCCAAAGAUUAUUCAUAUUUUUUUCUAAUAAAAUACAAUUUAUAUUGCUAUAUUUUUUUUAGUUUUUCGCUUUUUUCAACUUUCCAACGUCUAAGAAUAUCACAACUUUUAUCACAUUUCGAGAAAUAUUUAUAUAGUUGUCGUUAAAAUCUGUACAUUUAGAUGUGAGUCAAUUCAAAGCUAACCAACAUAACCAACCAAGGUAAACAUUAGUGUUAGCUAAUCAGAAGCAGAGGAAGUGAGUCCUGAAGCCUUUGCUACUGAGCUGUAUUUAACGAUACUACCACAUUUUUCGUUUGGUAGACAGAUACAUGUGAAGCAGGGAUACGCGGGAUACAGGGAUACAAAUAAAUAACUACACCAUUAAAAAGACGUUUUUAAAAAUCCUAAUCCUAAACUCUAACCCAAACGCAAGCGGAUAUCUCUUUUCGCUUAAAAUAAGCGGAUUUGGCAACUAAGGAAGGCAGCGUCUGUUUGGAUAAAACGUCACAUGCCAAAGGUUAACCAAUCAGAUGAGCUAACGCUUAAUGGCGCUGUACUGUGGUUAAGAUUUGACAAGUGCGGCCGUCUAACCUCAGCCCAACGUAAACACUAAACUGUUUCAUGACAGAGCUGGAAGUGCCCCUCACUGACACAGAGGACUAAUAUGUAUAACGGAAAACUCAACCUUUUUUAGUGUCAUCAGCUCGCGGUGAAGUGAGAACGGGGCUGCGGUGGAAGCAGUGAGCAGCGUCCGGGCCUAGUGUAUCUUUUAACUGAAUGUGAACGGGAGUCUCCAGAAACUUCUCCUUACACCUUGUUUUUGACAGGGAUCCCUUUUGAUUUCCUUUCCGAAUUGAGACAACAGCUUUCACGGUGGAAACUAGAAGAAAAACGAAGAUGAACGCUGUGCGUGGGGGCACAAUCACCUGGCGGCCCCAGCCAUGGCAGGAUGGAGAUGGAGGGGGAGGGGACCCUCUGUCAGACUCUGAUUCAGAGGAAGAGGACUUCCCAGAUGACAGCACUACCCCUUUGGGAGACUACAUCACACAUGGUCUUAAGCAGCUCCUCGAUGCUCAGCAGCUGUGUGAUGUUACUUUGCUUGUAGAGGGGAAGAAGUUCAUGUGUCACAGAGUUCUCUUAGCGGCAGUGAGCCCUUACUUCCGGGCAAUGUUUACCAGCCCUUUGGUAGAGUCCCGCCUCACUGAGAUCCGUAUGGAGGAAGUGACUCCAUCUGUGAUGGAGACCGUAAUUCAGUUUGUGUACAGUGGUGAGGCAGGGCUCUCCCUGGACACAGCUGAGGAUCUAUUUGUGGCUGCCAAUAGGCUUCAGGUAGUGCCUCUUCAGGACCUGUGUUCCAGGUUUCUCUUUGAGCAUCUUUCAGUAGAUAAUUGCCUGGGGAUGUACUCUCUGGCUCGCUCCCACCAUGACCAGCUGCUACUCCGUGCCUCCCUGCGCCUGGUUGCCCAGCACUUUCCCAGGGUUGCACGUCAGAAGGACUUUCUCCUACUUGACCACAAUACUUUAGGCAGCCUUCUUAGCUCAGACCGCCUCGGGGUGGACUCUGAGGCAGAGGUCUACGAUGCAGCGCGCCGCUGGGCAGAGCACCAGCCCCUGGACCGCUAUGCAUAUAUGCCCUCACUGCUUCAUCACCUGCGGCCAGGAUUGCUUUCUCAAGAUGAGAGCCAAAGACUGAACCAGGAGUUAGGGCCUGCAGCUGCUGGCGAGGGCCUUGGGGGGCCUCUGAGACCAAGGGAAGGAAUGUUUGAAAAAAAGAUUGUUUGUGUGGACCUGACAGCUCGGGAAAAUGAGAACGUGUCUGCUGGAGACUACACCGUGGACUGCUUUGAUCCUCGGACAGGAAAAUGGGAGAAGUUGGCAGCCCUGGGAACUCUUGUUAGUCCCGGUUGCACAGCAGUGGGUGACAGACUUUUUAUAGCAGGUGGAAUCCUGCGGACAGGCUCUGUCUCUGCAUCUGUGCAUGAAUACGAUGCAGUCUUGGACCUUUGGAUUGAGAGGCCUUCAAUGUUCCACCCCCGUGCUAUGCUUGGCCUGCUGGGCUGUGGCGAUUCCCUCUAUGCUAUAGGUGGGAGCAAUCGGUCAGCCCUGCUGGACUCCAGUGAGAUCUUGGACCUGUCCACUUUGAAGUGGGUAACUGGGCCUCAGCUUCCCCUGCCGCUUCGAGCCUUUGCCUGCGCAGCAUUACGUGGACGAAUCUACCUUCUGGGUGGUACCACACUAGAACAACACAGAGCUGUGGUUCACUCAGGUGUGCUCAUUUAUCACACCUUGACUGACUGCUGGACUCGUGUGGCUCUAGAAUCUGGUGCAACCUGCCUUGCUGGAGGAGUAGCAGUGCGAGGAGGAGUCUGUGCAAUUGGUGGAUACAUGAGGGAUACCACUAAGUUCCUGGAUGGAAAUUUUACUAACCUUGAUACUUUAGAUGCCACUGGGCGGGUUUUGUUUUUUAAAGAGGGUAGGGGUGCAGGAAUAGAGAGGGAGGUGACAGGUGGAGGAGUAAUGGUGAGCACAGAGCAAAAGGGGGGUUUCAGUGGUGGAAGUGAUCGGUCCCCGUGCCCUGUUGUAUUUCCAGGGCUACCACGACGGAUAGCAGCUGGGGGUGUAGCUAGGUGGAAAAGGAGGAUUUAUGUGCUAGGUGGGGAAAAUGGCUCACGGUUCUAUGACAGCGUGUACUGUUGGAAACCAGGCUGGCGCAGCUGGGUUCAGAGACGUGAAAAGCUCCCUGGGGACACUGGAGGAGUAAGUCAGUUUGGGUGUACCACUUUAAAAUUUCCUAAAAAACACAUCCUAUCCAGACUGAGACAAGCAAAUGAAAACUGUAAGAAAGCUGCUGAAUAGCUUGACAUGGACCAGUUUGAGGUGGUAGUGGUAGGAUGCCAAAAACACAGAGCACUUGAAUGUAAACUCCUAAUCCACAGGCCACCAGGAGGGAAAUCUAUUGGACCAGCCCCACCCUCCCCCCGGUUUUCUGCUUUUUAAAUGCAACUGUUGGAUGAGCCUACCUGUCGUCUACCGACGUGCAUUCUCGUUCAUUUUUCUCCAUCUCCUAAAAAAAAAAGAAAAACAUUACCAAUGUCUACAGCAUUACGGAUUUAAAAAAAGAUUAGAAACUCUUUAAAAAUUGCUAUCAAUUCAGAAUGCUUUUUUUUAUUUAUUGUCGCCUUUGUUCUUGCUUCUUUACUUAUUUAUUUGCCCCAGUCGGAUCAGAUCUAGGGCUGUAAUCAACCAAAGAAAGUCUUGAUCAAAUGAAGCCGUCCAAUUUUGACUAAAAAAAAAGGAAAUCGACCAGUCGACUGAUUACAGCCCUAGCAGCCUGAUUAAUUUUUUAAAGGAUUGGUUUAAAGUCAAUGUCACUAAAAUACAGGAAUGUGAAUUGAUAAGAAUUUACUUUGGUGUAAAAGCUCUAAUCACUUUUUUCAGUUAACUGUGUUAACUAUGCAAAGUUUAAUUUUAUUUAUAUAUUUUAGCAUUCUUUUUUUAACUCUCAUUCAUUUUCUUGCUAUAUUGUCGAUUGUGAUGACAGUCAGUUUUAAAUAUGUUUUGUUUAAAACAAAAAAAUGUGUUUCCUUUUGACUUGAAAUAGCCUCCUGUUUAUAAAAGAAAAUAAAUCCAGGUGUAAACAUUUUCCUGCUUGGUGUUGUCGCUGGGAUGUCCUCACUAUGACCCACAGAACUGUAGCAAAGUAUCAAUGUAACCACAGUAAUCUCAAUUCAUUAUGAUAAAUCAUGAUUAUAUAUGUAUAUGGUGGGCAGCAGACAAACAACAAUUUACACUUAUUACAUUUAUAGCACGGUAUGGUGAAUUUAAGGUGUUCUAUUAACCUUCUCCUCAAUCUGCAUGUUUAUAGGAGGAAACAGGAGUACUUAAAAACAUUAUAUAUAGAUCACCCUAACACUGUGGCCCAAACUAUGCUUUGUUUCAAAAAAAUUAUAAUUUAAAAUAUUUUCACUUUAAAAUGUUAAAGUACAAAAGUAUCCGAAUACAAACACAGUCAAAAUCAUAAAUAAGUUAGCCAUAGCAUAUCAAAAAGCAAACCAGAUUCUCAAUCCCCAUAUUCCAUGUCUAAAAGUGUUGUUGACAGUAGAAAAGGACCAAGAAAAAUAAAUAUGAGGUAGUAAAAAAGGAAAAUGGUAAAACUGUCAACAUUUUUCUGGCCUCAAGCUGUCAUGGUUAGCGCCCCCUAGCAGGAAAUACCUAUCUUUUACAAAUUAAUGUUGUUGAUAGCCUGCAAAACAGGUGUGUGUUUAUAUAUGUACUGUAUAUACACACACACAUAUAUAUAUGUAUAUAUGUGUGUGUAUAUAUAUAUAGGUAUAUAUAUAUAUAU